CUAGUUUCCAGUGGCACCUGACGCAACCUUCAGCAAUCAGAUCACAGAAAGAAUGUUUCUUGACAUACGUUUUAUCGUGGGAAUCAUAGGAUCUAUAGCUUGCAUGCUCCUCUAUGCAGCACCAAUAUUGACAUUUAAAAGAGUGAUAAAGAAGGCCAGUGUAGAGGAAUACUCGUGCGUACCGUACAUUUUAGCUUUGUUCAGCUGCCUCACAUACAGUUGGUACGGAUUUCCUGUGGUGAGCUAUGGGUGGGAGAACUUGACAGUCUGCAGCAUCAGCUUACUUGGGGUGCUAUUUGAAAGCACCUUCAUCAGCAUAUAUGUAUGGUUUGCUCCAAGAGGGAAAAAAAAGCAAGUCAUGCUGAUGGCAUCUCUGGUUCUAGCAGUCUUUGGCAUGACUGUAUUUCUAUCAAGCUUUUCAAUACACAACCAGCACACACGUAAAGUAUUUGUUGGUAGUAUUGGUCUAGUGUCUUCCAUAUCAAUGUACGGCUCUCCGCUGGUAGCUGUGAAACAAGUUAUCAGGACAAAAAGUGUUGACUUCAUGCCUUUCUAUUUGUCAUUGUUUACGUUCUUGACAAGUUUAACCUGGAUGGCAUAUGGAGUCCUAGGAAGGGAUCCUUUUAUCGUGACCCCAAACUGCAUCGGCAGUAUAAUGGGUAUACUUCAGCUGGUUGUGUACUGUAUUUACAGCAAAGGCAAGGAAGCACCCAAGGUGCUUCAUGAUAUUGAUCAAAAUAAUGUAAUGAAAGUCCCAGCAAGUCAUGUGGACACAAACAGGCACAAUCCCUGAAAAACGAACUAUAUCUGUUUUGCUAGAGAACAAGUGCCUGCUGUACCAAUAACAUGCUACACAAGGUCGAGGACGAUAUGCUUCACAUUAUGUGAAGUCCAUUCUAUGCCUUAGUGCUUUUACAGAUUCUAUGAAUUGCCAUUGACUCAUUGAGUAAGCUCCCUUCUAUGAU